AUACUUUAAUAAGCUGUGAAAAAUAAACACAACAGUAUAAUCUGACAAUAUGAUUUGCUUGCCUUUAAGCUUUUGAAAACUUGUGCUCUAAUCUGAUUCAAUUUUGAUUGUUAAUUGACAACUCUUGAACUUUUAACUACUAUAUAAUUCUGUGUAACCAACGUACCGCUAUUCAUUUAUUGAAACUGAAAAUUACCGCGUCUAUCGCUAUCAUCACUUUCUUCUUGUUCUGCAAUCUCAUCUUUAGUGUCUUUGAAGAGUUUUCUUUUUAAUUCUUGGCUAGACAAUUUUUAUUCUUGCCUUUUCUGUUUGCUGCUCUUUUUUUAUUCUUAUUUUAUGUUAAUUAAUUUUCCCACCGCGAAAACGGUGAAUCAUUAUCCAUGUUGUAUCCUUGUCGUUAAACAACUAAAAAAUGAAAUAUGGUUGAGAAGAGGCCAACUAAAGGUGAACUCUGGUGUGUUCCUCAAUUAUCUUCUCAAAUUGUAGUCAGUAUUUUGAUGCCUAAUGGUUUAUUAUUUGAUAUACCUUGUUGUCGAGAAGAUAGUUUGGAUAAGAUUAAGAGAAAUGUUUGGAAAGAAGCUGAGAGAGAAGUUCUUUUCCAACUUCUCAGUGAUAUUACUUGUUACAUCUUUAUUGGAGUUACCCAAGAGGCUAAAGUAGAAGAGUUUUAUGAUGAAAAUCGUCGUCUCUGUGAUCUUGGAUUAUUCACUGCCCUCCUCAAGCUUAUUGAACCUGAAGGUGACAAAGAUGAAAAACGUGCCAAUGCUGAAAUAUCACUAGCCAUUGGUAUUACCAUUUCAGAGCUAGAUAGGUUCAAAAAUGGUGAAACUUUCAAUUUUCGCAAAGAUAUUAUCAAUUUUUGUAAAUCAAUUGUUGAAAAACGCGAAGAAAUGGACUCAGAAGCCAAACUGUACUAUACUCAUCCUCCUGAGCUUGACGAGUCAUAUUUUUCUAACAGUACUAAGGUCAAUCAAUCAAUGUUAACUCUGUGUAUCUGGUCCAAUGGAGAGGAUGGCUGUAAGGAAAGUUUCAAAAUCGAUAUACCUCAUGAUUGUACAGCUUCAAGUAUCAUUAGCCAGAUUUUAGGCCAGACGACUUGGUUUAGCCCUGUUGACAAAACCGGUGGUUAUACUGAAUCUGAAGCUCCUCAAGAAAACUCUCUUGUUCUCAAAGUUUGUGGUGUCAAUGAAUAUUUUUUUGGUAACCAUCCUAUAUGUAGAUACAAGUAUAUUACCAACUGUCUUUCUCAAAAUAGAUGUCCAAACUUAAUGCUGGUCGAUAAGAAUCGCGUCACUUCGGAAAUUGAAAAGUUUCAAUUUUUAAUCCCGUCAUCUAUAAAACGGUCAUCAUCAUUCUCAAAAGUUGAUCCUGGUUCCAAGGAUUUGAGUCGAGGUCUAGAAACAGGCCAAUAUUUGCUUCUCUGGAAAUUGGAUAAUUAUUUCAAAAUCAAGAUUCUUUGGGCAACUUACGUUAACGUGAGAGAUGUUGAAAAAAUAUUUGUUAAAUGUGGACUUUAUCAUGGAGCUGAGCUCCUUUGUCCACCAAAAGAAACGUCUCGAGUUGACCCAUGGAACCCUAAAUGGGACCAGGAGAUUGAAUUUGACAUUUUUGUUUCAGAUUUACCUCGAAGUGCGCGACUUUCUAUAUCAAUUUGCUCAGUCACUAAUCGUAACAAAAAAGCCGGAGAAAUAUGUCCACUUGCUUGGGGAAACAUUUCUUUGUUUGAUUAUAAGUCACGGUUACUUGUCGAAAGGAAAAUACUUCAUCUUUGGCCUGUCCCAAAAGACUUCACUGAACUUCUCAAUCCUCUCGGCUACUUAGGAUUAAAUACAAAUAAAGAUUCACCCGGCUUGGAAAUUGAAUUAACAUGGUAUCAAGCUCCAGUUAUUUAUCCUCCUGAAACUAUAAUUGAGUAUCAUGCCAACUUUUGUCGUGACUUGGAUUUUGCUGGUAAAGAUAUGGGCUGUAAUGGACUUGAGCUCAGUCGUUAUCAAAAAUAUAAAACUAUCGAUGAAAAAGACUUUGAAUUGCUUCAUGAAGUAAUUAAACGUGACCCUUUAUCAGAGAUGACUAUCCAAGAAAAAAAUUUAGUCUGGAGAAUGAGAGAACAUUGUGUUCAAAUUCCCGAUUCGCUGCCAAAGCUUCUUGACGCUGUUAAGUGGAAUUCAAGAGACGAUGUUUCCCAGUUGUAUAGCUUAUUAAAACAAUGGCCAGCAAUUAAAUCAGAUACUGCCUUGGAACUUCUAGAUUGUAAAUACGCUGAUAUAAUGGUCCGUAACUUUGCUGUCAAAUGGUUAGAUGAAAGUUUGUCUGAUGAGUUACUCUCUCAAUACUUACUCCAAUUGGUUCAAGUUAUCAAAUUUGAACCAUACCUUGACAAUGGCCUUUCCCGAAUGCUGCUCAAACGAUCACUUCUCAAUCGACGCAUUGGUCACUAUUUCUUCUGGCAUUUAAAAGCAGAAAUGCAUGAUCCUUCAGUUCAACUUCGAUUUUCAAUUCUUUUGGAAGCAUUUUGUCGCGGUCUUUGUACCAAUUCUCUUCAAUCAACAUUGAAACAAGUUGAAGCCCUUGAAAAGUUGACCAUUUUGACGGAAGGACUUAAGCUUAAGAAAGACGAUAAUAGAGAAAGAAUUAAAUUUUUCUCGGAUCAAAUGCGAAAGGAAGAUUACAUUGAAGCACUACAAAAUUUUCCUAGUCCUUUAAAUCACACACUAACAUUAGGUAGGCUUCGCAUUGAAGACUGUCGUAUCAUGGAUUCAGCAAAAAAGCCUCUUUGGCUUGUUUGGUCCAACCCUGACCCUUAUGCGGAAUUAUAUACUUCUCACAGUGCCAUUAUUUUCAAAAGUGGAGAUGAUCUCCGGCAAGAUAUGCUUACCCUUCAAGUAAUUCGUAUAUUCGACUUAAUUUGGCGUCGCGAGGGUCACGAUCUGAAAAUGCUGCCCUACACCUGUUUAGCAACAGGUAAACAAGUUGGUAUGAUUGAAGUAGUUCCUCGUGCCAAAACAGUGAUGAAUAUACAGAGAACUGGUGGACGAAUGGCUGCAUUUCAAGUUGACUCUACACAACUUCACAAAUGGAUUAAAGAAAAUAAUGUCCAUAACUAUGACCAAGCUGUCGACACUUUCACCAAAUCAUGUGCAGGCUACUGUGUGGCAACUUUUAUUCUUGGAAUUGGUGACCGUAAUCCAGAUAAUAUAAUGAUCAACGAAGAAGGUCAAAUAUUUCAUAUUGAUUUUGGUCAUUUUCUUGGUCAUUUCAAGAAAAAAUUUGGAAUCAACAGAGAACGUGUUCCUUUCGUCUUAACAGACGAUUUUCUUUGCGUCAUUUCAAAAGGUUCUGAAAACCCUAAGAAGAGCAAAGAAUUUGAAAAAUUUACCGAGCUUUGUGGAUUAGCAUAUCUUUCACUACGUCGUCAUGCUAAUUUACUCAUCACCUUGUUUACUAUGAUGCUAUCAACAGGAAUACCAGAGCUUCAAUCAAUCGAUGAUAUCGGUUAUUUGCGUAAAACCUUACAAGUUGAAAGAAAUGAAGAAGAUGCUCUCAAGUAUUUUAAUAAUCAAUUUUUUGAAGCCCAUGGGGGAGCUUGGACUACAAAGAUUGAUUGGUUUUUCCAUAAUAUUGCCCAUUUCAAGAAUUAAUUAUUUCUACUAAUUUUCCGUUCGACAAACAUUAUGAAUUAUCACAAUUUUGCACAUUUUUCAUGUACAUACAAGGCUGGAUCCGAAACAAUGGUGUUAUAAUUGGUGAAAUUUAAAACUUAAAUAUUUUUGAUAAAAUAGACCUAAAAUUGAGCUGAAAAAACUGACAACACCAUUUAUCAAGAUUAAUCAAUCAUGCUGAUUAUAUGGAUUCACUUAUUUCUAAAAUCUAAUUAUUGAUGGAUUUUUUGCUUUGCGCUUUAUCUCUUUCAUAUUUGGAUUUCAUUUCGGAUUUCGCUAUUUGACUCUUCACGAAAACCCGACGCACUUGUAAGCCUACUCAACUCACCAACAGUCUUCAACUAUACUACAACUCUGACUAAUUAUCACUAUUAAAACCUGGUAUUUGCUCAUUAUCUUGCGCGGUUCCUGUCCCAUCAGAUCGCUGGAUCAAUAGUCCUAACCUGUUUAUCUUUGCAGUUGAAGUUGUAUUAUAUCACAGAAGCUUAUUUACUGUUCACGGCUGUUGAAAAUCAACUUUUUAUACCACAAAUACUAAUAUAAGCCAAAAGAAAGAAUUUAUCUGUUGAAACCCUGUCUUCCACUGAACCUUUUUUCCGAGAAAACAGGCCAUCGAAUUAUUUGCUACUCUCUUUUUUGCACUGCUACAUACUUUGUACCUAUUUGAAUAUACAUCCUUAUAUCAUAUUAUUAUUACUAUUA